AAUGUCAAAUCUAUAAGUAAAUGUCAUAAGCUGUCAAUUAUACCGGCGUCUCUAAUGAAAUCUGCGAAUUUGUUUGUGUUUAAUUUAUAAAUUUAUACAAAAAUUUUAUAUUCCCCAUAGUAUAACUUGUUAUUAAAAAGUAGGGAUCAUUAGUAAGAAAAAACAUGACAGUCUCUGAAGAUAAUAAAAAGGCUGUUGCAGAUGCUAAAGUUUUGGUUGUAGGUGCAGGAGGAAUCGGAUGUGAAGUUUUAAAAAACUUAGCACUAUCUGGGUUCAAAACAAUUGAAAUUAUUGAUCUCGAUACUAUUGACGUAAGUAAUCUUAACCGACAAUUCUUAUUUCGAAAAGAACAUGUUGGUAAACCUAAAGCAGUUGUAGCUCGUCAAAGUAUCCUAAAUUAUAACCCCGAUAUUAAUAUUACAGCUUAUCACGACAGCAUUACCAGUCAGGAUUAUGGUGUUAAUUUUUUCAAAAAAUUCAACAUUGUUUUAAAUGCAUUAGAUAACAGGGCAGCAAGGAACCACGUCAAUCGUAUGUGUCUAGCAGCAGACGUUCCUUUAAUAGAAUCUGGAACAUCAGGUUAUUCAGGACAAGUAGAACUAAUUAAAAAAGGAGUAACUCAGUGCUAUGAAUGCCAACCUAAACCACCUCAGAAAACAUUUCCCGGAUGCACGAUAAGGAACACCCCUUCUGAACCUGUACAUUGCAUUGUAUGGGCUAAACAUCUAUUCAAUCAGUUAUUUGGUGAAGAAGAUCCUGAUCAAGAUGUUUCCCCGGAUACAGAAGAUCCGGAAGCUAAAGUGGAAGGCCAAGAACACACUGAAACUGAAACAGGAAAUAUUAAGAGAACAUCAACAAGGCAAUGGGCUCAAGAAAUUAAUUAUGAUCCUGCUCAAUUGUUCGAUAAGUUUUUCAAAACUGAUAUUGAAUAUUUGUUGAAAAUGGAAAACUUGUGGAAGACACGGAAGCCUCCUGUUCCACUUUCAUGGCAACAAGCUGCUUCUCAUGGUGGUGAUGCCCAAGAAGAAGUUGAAGUAGAUAAUGUCAAAGUAACAGACAUGAAGGUUUGGUCUUUAAAAAAAUGUACGCAGAUAUUUGCAGAAGUCACUUCGAAAUUAAAAGAGGAUUUGAAGGAUAAGAAAUUUUUGGUUUGGGAUAAAGAUAUUGGAACUUGUAUGGAUUUCGUAACAGCUUGUGCCAAUAUAAGAGCUCAUAUUUUUUCCAUACCUACACAAACGAGAUUCUCCAUCAAAUCCAUCGCCGGUAACAUAAUUCCAGCUAUUGCUACUGCCAAUGCCAUGAUUGCUGGUUUAGUAGUACUUAAUGCUGUCAGAGUGUUACUGAGACAGUACCAAAAAUGUCCUUCUAUCUAUCUGAGACAAAAAUCCAUUCAUUCGAAAUUCAUACUCGCCGCAGACAAACAAAUAACACAAGCCAAUCCGAAAUGUUACGUUUGCAGUCCUCAACCGUUCGUAAACGUUUUUGUUAAUGUGGAAAGUAUGACAGUAAAAGAAUUCGAAAUGGAAUUAUUGAAGAAGAGUCUCAAUAUGGUAGCACCCGACGCUGUUUUAGACGGUAAAGGAACCGUGGUUAUAUCUUCGGAAGAAGGAGAAACUGAGGUGAAUAACGAUAAAAAACUUAAGGAAAUUGGAAUCGUUGAUGGUAGCAUCUUGAAAUGUGAUGAUUUUCUACAGAAUUACGAACUAACGGUUGCUGUUAACCAUUAUGAAGCUAAAGAAAAAGAUGAUCCACCUUAUAAAGUCGUCGCUAAUCCAGAUGAAUUGAAAGCCAAAGAAAAUGGUGAUGCAGCUGGUGAGAAAAAUGGUGACGAUAAGAAAGAAGCUGAGAGCGAUGAAGAUGAUCUAAUGAUUGUAGAUGAGGAUCCCCAAGAAGGUUCGUCAAAACGAAGAAAACUCAACCCUCCAGAUGAGGAUGAUGAUAUAUCAAUCGUAGAAGCCUAGAGAUUUUAAUUAAUUUCCUCUUUAUGUUUUGUGUUUUGAUAAUAUAGAAUCAUUUUUUCAAAUUUUUA